UUUUAUUAUAAACAACCUAAGAUGCUGUAAAAACAGCGUAUGACCAACGCUACAAAAUCCCAUAUCCAAGGCUAGCCUAGGGUUUAUAAAUAAACAAAUUCAACGAAAGGGUUUUGGGUUUUGGUUUUCUCCCCUUGUUGGCGUAAUCUUCCAAAUCAGAAAUUGCUAUUAGAAAUUCGCUUGUAAUUUUUAAAGAAAAAUUCCGGUCUCGCAGCCCGCAAAAUGCCUCCCAAAUCAGCAAAGAAGGAUGCCCCUCCAGAGCGCCUCAUUUUGGGCCGCUUUUCUUCGCAUCUCAAGAUUGGCAUUGUUGGCAUGCCAAAUGUGGGGAAGUCGACUUUGUUUAAUACUUUGACAAAGCUUUCAAUACCAGCGGAGAAUUUUCCCUUUUGCACAAUUGAGCCCAAUGAAGCACGUGUAAAUGUUCCAGAUGAACGUUUUGAUUGGCUUUGCCAGUUGUACAAGCCUAAGAGUGAGGUUUCUGCAUUUUUGGAAGUGCAUGACAUAGCAGGGUUGGUACGAGGAGCACAUGAUGGGCAAGGACUCGGAAACAACUUUCUUUCUCACAUAAGGGCAGUUGAUGGAAUUUUUCAUGUUUGCAGAGCAUUUGAUGAUCCAGAAGUUAUUCACGUGGAGGAUAUUGUGGACCCUGUAAGGGAUCUAGAGGUGAUAACUGAGGAACUGCGAUUAAAGGAUCUGGAAUUUAUGGAAAGGCGCAUUGAAGAUCUAGAAAAGACUAUGAAGCGGAGCAAUGAUAAGCAGUUAAAAGUUGAAAUGGAGUGCUGUCAAAAGGUGAAAGCAUGGCUCGAGGGAGGAAAAGACGUAAGAUUGGGCGAUUGGAAAGCUGCUGAAGUUGAGAUUAUGAAUUCGUUUCAGUUGCUAAGUGCGAAGCCUGUUGUUUACUUGGUGAACAUGACAGAAAAGGACUACCAUAGAAAGAAGAACAAAUACCUCCCAAAGAUACAUUCUUGGGUUCAGGAGCAUGGAGGUGAACCCAUAAUUCCCUUUAGUGGCAUUCUAGAGCAGAAGCUGGGAGAUAUGCCUCCUGACGAAGCUGCCAAAUAUUGUGAGGAAAACAAAAUUCAAAGUUGCCUUCCAAAGAUUAUAAAGACUGGUUUUGCUGCAAUAAACCUCAUCUACUUUUUCACUGCAGGGCCAGAUGAGGUAAAAUGCUGGCAAGUUAGAAAGCAAAUCAAGGCUCCUCAGGCUGCAGGCACUAUACAUACUGAUUUUGAAAGGGGCUUCAUUUGUGCUGAGGUGAUGAAAUUUGAGGAUUUGAAGGAGUUGGGCAGUGAAGCAGCCGCCAAGGCUGCAGGCAAGUAUAGACAGGAGGGGAAGACGUAUGUAGUACAGGAUGGGGACAUUAUCCUUUUUAAAUUUAAUGUUACUGGUGGAAAAAAAUGAUGGCUGGUUGACUUGUAAUGGUGCGCAAUAGUCCUCGUCAAUUUAAACUUGGUGGGGAGAGGACAUUUUUUUCCCUAGGAGGAAAGCCCUUUUUAAAGAGUGAUUAUGAUGUUAAAGAAUACACCAUAGGGCAACCAUAGUUAUUGUUAACGAAUGCCCUAAUUGCUGGCGACUUAUUUUGAGAGGGGAUACCCUUAUUCCAUUCAUAAUUUGGUCGGCAUUCUAUUGUAAGCUAAGUUCUAAGAGCAUUUUUGCUCGCUUUAUUUAACGUCGCUCUAUCUCAAAUGCAUGCUUAUUGUGUCAAUUUAUUUUAUUUUAAUAUAAGAUAGAAAGCUUCUGUUAAAA